AAGCAGAGAGGGGCAAAGCGGUCCCACUCCACAGCAACAUCUUUCACGCGGCCAGCUCUUCUCCGUCCCCAGUGUGUGUGUGUACGCCAGUCACCCUCGCCUGUUUCCGGCCAGAGAAGAGAGGGUUAGCGAAACCUAACCGGUUCAUUCUCAGUUCGUUAUCCGCCAUUAAAAUCGAGAUUGGAUCGAGAGAGAGAGAGAGAGGCGGAAAUGGCAGGCUAUGUGGGAGUGCUGGUGUCGGAUCCAUGGCUGCAGAACCAGUUCACGCAAGUGGAGCUUCGGAGUUUGAAAUCCAGUUUCGUCGAGAUCAGGAGGGAAUGCGGGAGCCUGACGGUGGCAGACUUGCCGGAAAAAAUGUCGAGGCUGAGGAACGUCGGAGAGAGCCUUACUGAACAGGAAAGAGACGCGUUCAUCAGAGAUUCGUAUCCGAACAUGGAAGACGAUGUUGAUUUUGAACUUUUUCUUCGGAUAUAUUUGAAACUCCAAGCACAUGCUACAGCUCGAGUGGGAAGUAAUGCAAAAAACUCAUCUGCAUUUCUAACGUCUCCCACUUCUACUCUGCUCCACACAAUUAGUGAAUCUGAGAAGGCAUCAUAUGUAGCACACAUCAACAAUUACCUUGCUGAAGAUAAAUUCUUUAAAAAGUGCCUCCCGAUAGACCCUUCAACAAAUGAUCUUUUUGAGAUUGCAAAGGAUGGAGUUCUUAUAUGCAAACUUAUCAAUGUGGCUGUGCCUGGGACUAUUGAUGAAAGGGCAAUAAAUAUGAAGAAAACACUCAACCCCUGGGAAAGAAAUGAGAAUCAUACACUAGGCCUCAAUUCAGCUAAGGCAAUUGGAUGCACUUUGGUCAAUAUUGGAAAUCAAGAUUUCAUUGAAGGCAGGAGGCAUCUUGUUCUAGGAGUGAUAUCCCAAAUCAUUAAGAUUCAACUAUUGGCAGACCUCAAUUUAAGGAAAACACCUCAGUUAGUGGAGCUUGUUGAUGAUACUAAGGAUAUAGAAGAGCUGAUGAGCCUACCCCCUGAAAAGCUCUUGCUGAGAUGGAUGAACUUUCAAUUGAAAAAGACCAAAUACAACAAAACAGUGACAAAUUUCUCUAUUGACAUAAAGGAUGCAGUGGCUUAUGCUCAUCUCUUAAAUGUUCUAGCCCCAGAGCACAAAAAUCCAGCUACACUAACUGCGGAAGAUGCUAUGCAAAGAGCUAAGUUGGUUCUUGAACAUGCAGAUAGGAUGGGUUGCAAAAGAUACUUAACAGCAAAAGAUAUUGUGGAAGGUUAUCCUAAUCUUAACCUUGCAUUUGUGGCGCAUAUAUUCCAGCAUAGGAAUGGGCUUUCAACACAACCAAAGCAGAUUUCUUUUCUUGAAACUAGUCCAGACGAUGCUCAGAUGUCCAGAGAAGAGAGAGCAUUUCGUUUUUGGAUUAAUAGUCUUGGGAACUCUUCAUACAUAGAUAAUGUUUUUGAAGAUCUUAGAAACGGAUGGUUGCUUCUAGAAACACUUGACAAGGUGUCCCCUGGAAUUGUUAACUGGAAAAUUGCAUCUAAGCCUCCAAUUAAGUUGCCUUUUAGGAAAGUAGAAAAUUGUAACCAGGUUGUCAUGAUUGGGAAACAACUGAAGUUUUCUCUCGUUAAUAUAGCUGGUAAUGACAUUGUGCAAGGAAAUAAGAAGCUGAUAUUAGCUUACUUGUGGCAGUUGAUGCGAUUCAAUAUGCUUCAACUCUUGAAGAACUUGAGAUUUCACUCUCAUGGAAAGGAAAUCACUGAUGCGGAUAUCCUAGAGUGGGCGAACAGCAACGUCAGAAAAUCUGGCGGCCAGAGUUGCAUGGCCAGCUUCAAGGACAAGAGUUUGUCUGAUGGGGUCUUUUUCCUUGAGCUUCUCAGUGCUGUAUACCCUCGAGCGGUCAACUGGAGUCUGGUUACAAAAGGAGAAAAAGAGGAGGAGAAAAAGAUGAAUGCAACCUACAUAAUCAGUAUUGCAAGGAAGCUUGGCUGUUCAAUCUUUUUGCUACCUGAAGACAUAAUAGAGGUAAACCAGAAGAUGAUCCUUACGCUGACAGCAAGUAUAAUGUACUGGCAUUUGAAACAGCCCGCGGAAGAUAGAAUGAGUGUAACAUCUUCAGACAGCGAGUCCGGUAGCCUUGUGGACACCAUCUCCACCUUCACAAUGGACGACACUGCUUCCGAGUAUUCAACAGAUUAGAUCGCACCAAGGGCGCACUUGUUGUAGCAGAUAGGUUAAUUAAAAUGCCCUCUGGUAAGCUCGUUUAUUACCCGUUGAGCUUCAAAUCUCAAUCAAUCAUAUAUAUAUUAUUCAUGUUGUGCACUGAUUCAUUUGGCAUGCUGAAAAUGAGUCAGGUUUCAUGUUGUAUUAGUGCUUGGGAUUUAGUUUGAUGAUGGAAUGUGAACACUUGUGAAUAGUAGAGAAGGGUUCGUUUGGCGAGAGAAGGCUUAUAUUUGACAGCCUCUCGUUUAGGGUGUUUAGAUCCGAUUCACAAGACGGUUUUGCUACUAAAUUGAGCCUUUGAGAAUCACUUCUCUGGGUUCAAAGAGUUAGUUUUGGAAGAUUGUGUAGUACAUUUGUUCUACUAUUUUCUUUCAUUUGGACUUAGACUUGUCUAUUUGAGCCUUUUGUGGUUAUUGUUAACACACUUGUUGAUAAAACAUAAAUUUGAUAUUUGGUU